AUGAAACCAAGUUUUUUAAAUACAAUUGUGGCAUGCUAUGGACCAGGCAAAGACUACUGGGCCAUUGUUAUCCUCGAUUACGAUCCAGGCUAUGCAUUCAAAUCGCUCAAGGUUCGCCUUUCGUACAGUCGCAUCAUGCUGGUUUCAAGAGUUGCGUACGUCAUCACCAUGUCCACUUUGGAAACCCAUCUGCCGAAGAAUCCAGAUGAACCUAUCAAAAAGUUCAUUUUUAGUGUCAUCCACGAUGUCGUGAAAUUAAUCAACCAGAAGGAUAUUGGGACGUUGUUGAACAGAGCGAAAGCUAAAAUGGCGCAAGUGCAUUCAACACAAGCUCAACGCUUGCACACCGCUGGUCUCGGUCUGAACAGGAGCGAGAUGCAGCAAAGUAUUGUCGAUAUACGUAUAAAAGCCAUUGGCCACCCUGAGUCCCAGGAGUCAGCUGAGCAAUGGAAUGUGCUCAUCGAGUCCAGAACGAUCCCUUGUCCGUACGUCUUGGCUUAUGGCCGGCACUCAUCGAAGAUGAUUUCUGUCGCGCAGGAAGAUGACACCAAGCACUUGCAGAAGCGAUUCAGGAGUACAUAUGCGGGUAUCUGGGCGGUGCUUUGGCAGGCUGUGGAAUCUCGGCCAGGCAGGGUCGAAGUGGUGUGGAUCAAAGGUCACAGCAACAUCCACGGAAACGAACUUGCGGAUCAGGCGGCGAAGGUGGCAGCACAGAGUGGUUCAGUGCCCUGGAUGGUGGAUCUCACUCAACAGACGGAUAUCACGACCUUUGCACAUUGUUACGGCGGGAUUGUUGAAAUCGAUCUACGUCAGCUCCUCAAACAACAAUCGACAAUCCGUCACCAUCAGGCCUGGACGUCACAGAGGCGGGUCAAGAGGGCGAUCCCUGACAUCGAUGACGUGGAAUGGAACUCGACCUUGGCUUAUGUCCACGACAGGCACGCAGUCUUCACCUUUUACAGCAACAGCAAGGACUCUCACCAACGCACACAUCAUAUCAAAAAGCUGCAUGGAAUGCUGCCCACUCUGAACUCCAUGCAGGCUCGCAAGCCCAACCUGUACCCAACAUGCGUGUGCCGACGAUGCGAGCUCGAGAAGGAGGAUAACGAUCACGUCUGGAAAUGCCCUUCGGCAGCUGAGACCACCACUGAGAUCUGGAAGGAGGCCAUGGGCAAGAUUAAUGAGUGGGGUGUGCAGGCGACAAACAGCUACAACGCAGCCAGGAAGCGGGAAUACAAACGCGCGGUGGACAGAGGUCGUCAGGUACCGAGGCCAGUACCCAUACACUGGUGGCCCCCUUCGGAUGCGGAUCAUGUGCGAGGAUUUUCCUCCAUCGGUGGAGCUCGAGCCGUGCACAGCGGUAGUCCAGCUCCCGAUCGAGACGAGAAACCGAUGUGGAAUGUGUCGGAUCUCCUCCGCGGCAUCACCCCCUUGAGCAUGUUGACUGAAUGGUCCGCGGUCUUCCGGACCCCAAUGUCCAUCGCCAAGACAGUCCUUCACAAGUUUGUUGGCUACCUGGAGGCGCAGGCCUCGGAGCUGAUCUGGAAACCUCGGUGCUCCGCGACGAUCGCGUGGGAACAAAGCCAGGGCAUCUCUGCCAAGGACAAGACAUCCAAGUACACAGGCCCCCGAGGUGACUGGAGUCAAGGAUACGGUUACAUCACGCACGAUGGUUUCUCAGCGACAAUUGUUGCGCAGAGCCAGGUUCUGGACCGGACUGCGACUGGUGGAUGGUGCACUGAAGAGUUUGGUCUGUAG